UCUCUUGCGACAUGAACGAAGACCAGUUCUGAGUUAGCUGGAUGCUACCAAGAGCUAGAUACCACUAUUUCAUUUUCAUAAAAUGGCAUAUGCCUUGUAAUAUGCUUUAAUUCUCAUUGUAUACUGAGAUUAUAGACGUGAGAUGUAGCAAACAGAAGUAGCUAGCAAGCAUAACUGCAACUGCACGACACAACCUAGAUUCCAGGUCCAUAGUUAUACGCAAAAAUGAUGCAGAUUCAAGCCCCUCGAGUGAUGAUGGAAGAAGUAGAAGAAAAGAAUAGUAGUAGGAGCAGUAGUAGUAACAAUAAUAAUAAUAUUAGCAAUAAUGAUGAGGUGGGAGAGGAGGAGAAGGAGAAGGAGAAGAUGAAGAUGGUGAAUGAAGUUUUGCCAUUUCACAAGCUCUUGAGUUAUGCAGAUGGAGUGGACUGGGCACUAAUGGCAUUAGGAACACUGGGUUCAGUAGUUCAUGGGUUGGCUCAACCUAUUGGAUAUCUUUUAUUGGGGAAAGCACUUGAUGCUUUUGGCAAUAACAUCGCUGACACUCAUGCCAUGGUUAAGGCACUUGACAAAGUUGUUCCAUACGUGUGGUACAUGGCUUUUGCAACUUUCCCAGCUGGAAUUCUAGAGGUUGGAUGCUGGAUGUAUGCAAGCGAAAGGCAAUUAGCACGAUUUCGAUUAGCAUUCCUGGAAGCAAUUAUCAACCAGGAGAUUGGAGCUUUUGAUACUGAUUUAACAAGUGGCAAAGUUAUCACUGGGGUUACCAAUCAUAUGAGUAUCAUACAAGAUGCAAUAGGGGAAAAGUUGGCCCAUUUUCUGUCGAGCUUUGCAACCUUUUUCUCUGGAAUCUUGAUUGCAGCCAUUUGCUCUUGGGAAGUGUCAUUGCUUACCCUGUUAGUUCUUCCUAUGAUUCUUGUCAUUGGAGCCACCUACACCAAGAAAAUGAACACUAUUUCAGCAGCUAAAAUGGUUUACCUUUCAGAAGCAACAGCCAUGGUUGAACAGACCAUAUCUCAAAUCAAGACAGUAUUUUCAUUUGUUGGAGAGAGCCAUGCAAUCAAGUCUUUUUCAGAGUGCAUGGCCAAGCAGCUUACUCUCAACAAGGGGGAAGCACUGAUAAAGGGAGUUGGAACAGGAAUGUUUCAAACUGUAACAUUUGUUUCUUGGGCACUGAUCAUAUGGAUUGGAGCCAUUGUAGUCACUGUACAGAAGUCAAAUGGAGGCGAAGUCAUUGCUGCAGUUAUGAGCAUUCUCUUUGGAGCUAUAUCACUCACUUAUGCUGCUCCGGACAUGCAAAUUUUCAAUCAGGCAAAAGCUGCAGGAACUGAAGUUUUCAAGGUGAUCAACAGGAAGCCACUCAUAAGACACAUAUCAACAGGAAGAACACUUAUUAAGGUUGAAGGAAACAUUGAAAUAAAAGAUGUAUACUUUGCUUACCCAUCUCGGCAGGACAAUUUGAUACUUAGAGGCCUUUCAUUGUCAAUCCCUGCUGGUAAAACCAUGGCAUUAGUUGGUAGCAGUGGGUGUGGAAAGAGCACAAUUAUUUCCCUAGUAGCAAGAUUCUAUGAUCCCUUGACAGGAGAUAUUCUCAUUGAUAACAACAACAUCAAGGAUCUCGAUUUGAGAUUUCUUCGUAGGAACAUUGGAUCAGUUUUCCAAGAACCAUCCCUUUUUGCUGGCAGUAUCAAGGAUAACUUGAAAGUAGGAAAUAUGGACGCCAGUGAUCAACAGAUGCAAGAUGCAGCAAUAGUGGCAAAUGCACACUCCUUCAUUUCACAACUUCCAAAUCAGUAUCUAACAGAGGUAGGCGAAAGAGGAGUCCAAUUAUCAGGAGGACAAAAGCAGAGAAUUGCCAUAGCAAGAGCCAUUCUUAAAAGUCCUCCCAUUCUUUUGCUUGAUGAGGCCACAAGUGCACUUGAUUCAGAAUCAGAGAAACUGGUUCAGUACGCCCUAGAUAGGGCUAUGGUAGGGAGGACAGUCAUCUUGAUUGCACAUAGGUUAUCUACCGUUGUAAACGCAGACAUGAUAGCAAUUGUGGAGAAUGGACAAGUUACAGAGACAGGAACACACAGCAGCUUGCUUGAUACCAACAAAUUCUACAACAACUUAUUUAGCUUGCAUAACAUCAGCACAAUUAGCAACUCAAGAAAUACAGCUUCUGAAGAUCAUCCAAUUAUCAAACAACUUGCACCUAAAUAUAAUGAAAACCACAACAGACCAAGUGAUUUAAGCAUGCAUAUGAGCCAGUCUCCAAAGCAAGAGGAGCAAAAAGACAUAAGAAAGUCGGCUAUAUUCUUCAGAAUCUGGUUUGGCUUGCAAAAGAAAGAGCUUUUAAGAACUGCCAUAGGCUCCUUUGCAGCUGCUUUCUCUGGCAUUUCAAAGCCAGUUUUUGGAUUCUUCAUUAUAACAGUGGGAGUAGCAUACUACAAAAAGGAUGCAAAGCGGCAAGUUGGAUUGUAUUCAAUAAUCUUUGCUCUGAUAGGACUGCUUUCACUGUUCACUCACACCUUGCAGCACUACUUUUUCGGAGUAGUAGGAGAGAAGGCCAUGAUAAACCUCAGACAAGCAUUAUAUUCAGGUGUACUACACAAUGAAAUAGCAUGGUUUGAGAAACCAGAGAACAGUGUUGGUUCACUUACUUCGCGGAUCAUUCAUGCCACUGCUAUGGUCAAAACAAUAAUUUCUGACCGCAUGUCUGUCAUUGUUCAAUGCAUCUCAUCCAUACUAAUAGCAACUGUUGUUAGCAUGGUUGUUAACUGGAGAAUGGGUCUGGUCGCUUGGGCAGUGAUGCCUUGUCAUUUCAUUGGGGGAUUGAUCCAGGCAAAGUCAGCCAAAGGUUUUUCACGUGACUCUGCUGCUGCACACUAUGAACUUGUUACACUUGCUUCUGAGUCGGCAGCCAACAUAAGAACCAUUGCGUCUUUUUGCCAUGAAGAGCACAUCCUCAAGAAAGCCAAAACAUGCCUGGAAAAGCCAAAGAAGAAGAGCAGGAAACAGAGCAUUAAGUUUGGGCUCAUUCAAGGUGUUUCCCUUUGUUUGUGGAAUAUAGCACAUGCUGUUGCUCUGUGGUACACAACACGUUUAGUCGAAAGACGUCAAGCAACCUUCGAAGAUGGCAUAAGAUCUUACCAGAUUUUCUCUCUCACAGUACCUUCAAUCACAGAAUUAUGGACAUUGAUCCCAACUGUCAUAUCUGCCAUUACUGUACUAACUCCAGCAUUUGAAACACUUGAUAGGGAAACCGAAAUUGAACCAGAUGCACCCAAAAGUUCCCAUCUCAAGAGAAUAAUGGGAAGAGUAGAACUUCAGAAUGUCAAAUUUUACUACCCACUAAGACCAGAAGUGACUGUUCUCAACAAUUUCAGUUUACAUAUUGAAGCUGGGCUAAGGGUGGCCCUUGUUGGGCCAAGUGGAGCUGGAAAGUCCUCAAUUUUGGCCCUUUUGCUCAGAUUCUACGAUCCUGGAGAAGGAACGGUGCUAAUUGAUGGAAAGGACAUCAGAGAAUACAAUUUAAGAUUGUUGAGGACACAAAUAGGGCUGGUGCAACAAGAGCCACUUCUCUUUAGUUCUUCAAUCAGAGAUAACAUUGCAUAUGGUCAUGAGGGAGCUUCAGAAGCAGAUAUUGUCAAGGUAUCAAUGGAAGCUAACAUUCAUGAGUUUAUAAGUAGCUUGCCUGAUGGAUACAAUACAGUUGUUGGGGAGAAGGGCUGUCAACUUUCAGGCGGACAGAAGCAACGGAUAGCGAUUGCUAGGACUCUACUAAAGAGGCCAGCAAUUUUGCUCCUGGAUGAAGCAACAAGUGCCCUUGACGCUGAGUCUGAAAGAUCCAUAGUGAGUGCCCUGGAAUCAAUAAAUCUGAACAGCAAAGAGAGCUCCUUGUACAGAUCCACACAGAUUACAGUCGCACACAGGCUGUCCAGCAUAAAAGAUUCAGAUAUAAUAGUUGUUAUGGAUAAAGGUAAGCUUGUGGAGAUGGGUUCUCAUUUAACUCUUACAAAAAUGUCUGAGGGCACGUAUUCCAGGUUGUACCACCUUCAGAACUUGACAGAAAAUUAGUGAAAUGUUCUUGAACCAUA